CAACAGCUACAAUAACAACAAACCAAAUAAGAAGAAAUAAAACAUUCAACAGUCUUAACAAAAAAAAAAAACAAAACGAGAGAGCAAAAAAAAAUAAAAAUUUGAAAUGUAAUGGAAAGUUGAAUGGAGGCAGAUUCAGUUAACAACAAACGAGUGAAAUUCAUAUUCAAACUGGAUCGUCUGACACAAGAAUCAACUUUAAAUAAUUUGGCCUCUAAAUCAACAGAAGAAUGGGGUUCUGGUGGAGGCUGGCCGGGACCAGAAAUUAUUGUAGAAAUUCAAGAGACUGGUGCAACAGACUUAACACAUCAGAAUGUUUUAAGAACGAAUUCAACUCUAUAUGGCGAAGAUGGACCAAAGUUAAUAGUAAGGACCGAAGAAGUUUUAAUAGUUUCAUUCGUUUUAUUAAUGUGGAUGGGAGCUAUAAUGUUAUUCUUUAAUCGUUGGGGUAAAAUUCGUAUGUUAGAACCAUAUCAACCAAAAUUCGAACAAAAACAUAGAACUUCAUGUCAAUUGGUCGAUAUGGAAACAAUGGAACAUCCUAGAUCUUCAAUAUCAAGAAUGUCAAUGGGUUUAGCUGUACCAAUUAAUAUGCCAUCAUGUUCAUUCACAACUUAUAGACGCGAAUCCAUAAUAUCACCACAAUAUUUUCGACCACGUCAAAAUUCAGUUUUUGUUUCAUCACAAAUUAUGCAAUUACCGAAACAACCACCACGUAAAACACGUUCAGCAAUGGAUAUUCAUUCAAUGAUAUUGGAUGAAGCAGCUGAAGCUGUAUGAUGCAUAAUCAUAUUUUUAUUCAAUUAAAUUUUUAUUAUUAAAAAUAAUAUUUAUGAAAAUUUUAUUGUGAUUUUUUAAAAAAUAAUUUUCAAUUGUAACGAUAUUCGAUUCGACAUUAUAAAUGUAUAUAAACAAAUAUAUAUAUAUAUAUAUAUAUCAAUUUAAUAUAUAUAUACAUGCAAAUAUUAUAAAUUAAUAAGAGAUCGGACCGUUGGUGUAUAAUGUAUACAAUAAUUAUUAUUGAAAAAAUAAAAUCAAUUAUUAAAAUAUCAAAACGCCGGUAUAACAAUAAAUUAAAUUGAAUUUUUUUUUUUGUUUUUUUUAAUAUUUAAAUAAAAAUUAUUAAGUGUAAUUUAAAUUUUUUUAUAUAUUUUAAGGAUAUUUUAUUUAUAUAUAAGUGAUUAUGUUUAAGUGUAAAUUUUAUUUACAUAUUAAAAAAUUAUUGUAAUAUUAAUAAUAAUAAAACAUUGAGAAACAAAGGAAAAAAAGCUUUUGAAAUUUUUGCUACAUAUUUGUAAAAAAAAAAUUAAAAUUAUAAAGUGUAAAAUUAUUAAUUACAGAAAGUAUACAUACAUACAUUAUAAAUUAAUAAAAAUUAUAUACAUAUAUAUAUAGAAAUAAAUUAAUAAUAGUAUUACAAAUCACAAUAAUUCGCAAUCAACACGAGACACAAGGUGAUAUGAAAUAAAAAUAAUUUGUAAACUUUCUA